CCCACCACGCGCGAUGGGAUUCGGCGGGAGCCUCGGGUUGGUUUGGUUCGUCCUGGGCGCCCUCGGCCCCUCCCCCCCCGCGAAUGGGCAGGAGCCGUGCCCGCGGCCCCUGAACGGGACGCACUGCGCAUGCGCAGAGGGCUUCGAGGGACCCCCGUGGGAGCGCAGCCGCGGCUGGGAGCGGCGCUGCGAGGACAUCAACGAGUGCCUGGGGGAGGGGCCCCCGCCCUGCCCCCCCUCGCAGAGCUGCCACAACACCGAGGGGGGGUUCAGGUGCGAGUGCAACCGCGGCUACCGCGCCGGGACCCCCCCAAAACGCGGGGAGACCCCCGGAAACGGCACCGGCACCCCCGGAAACGGCACCGGGACCCCCGGAAACGGCACCGGGACCCCCGGAAACGGCACCGGGACCCCCGGAAAUGGGACCGGCACCCCCGGAAAUGGGACCGGGACCCCCGAAAAUGGGAUUGGGACCCCCGAAAAUGGGACCAGGACCCCCGAAAAUGGGAUUGGGACCCCCGAAAAUGGGACCAGGACCCCCGAAAAUGGGAUUGGGACCCCCGAAAAUGGCCCGAUUUAUUGUGAAGAUGUGGACGAGUGCGCCGAGGGGGGGGAGGGGCUGUGCGGGGGGGGCUCCGUCUGCCUCAACACCCCCGGGAGCUUCGAGUGCCACUGCCCCCCCCCCGCGCGGGGACCCCCGGGGCCGGCCGGCUGCCCAGCGGUGCCGGUGCCCCCCGAAAUCUGCCCCGAGGAGGAGGAGGGCUGUGAUUUGGGGGAGACCCUGGCCCGGAUUGCCGAGGAGCUGAGGGGGGGGCGAGACCCCCGGGGGCUGCUGCAGGAGCUGCUCUCGGUGCUCGGGGCGGCCCUGGGGGGGUCCCUGGCCGCCGCCCCUCCCCCCUCGCGGCACCGGCGGCUCUCGGCGCUGCUGCGGGCGGGGGAAGGGCUGGCCCGGGGCGCGGGGACGCGGCUGCCGCCGGGGACGGUCACCAAUGUCACCGUGGGACCGGCAGCGCUGUCCCUGGCCGUGUCCCGGGGCGCCCCCCCCGGCCCUGUCACCCUGGGGGUCCCUGGGGUGACGCUCGAGGUCCCCCCCGAGGUGGCCCUGGACGAGGAGAGCGGUGUGUCCCUGGUGGGGCUGCUGACGCUGGGGGGGGAUUUUGGGCUCAUUUUGGGGCCAUUUGGGCACAUUUUCGGGGUUAUUUUGUGUCUCUCUUGCCCAGGUGUGUCCCUGGUGGGGCUGCUGACGCUGGGGGGAUUUGGGGCUCAUUUCGGGCUCAUUUCGGGCUUUGGGCUGAUUUUUGGUUUUUUUUGUCUCUCCCCCGCAGGCGCCCUGGGCGGCGCGGCCACGCUGCGCUUCCGGCACCGGCAGCCGGACCCCAAAUUGGGGGGGACGAUCGUCUGCGCCUUCUGGAACCCCCGGGAGGGGCGCUGGGACACGGGGGGGUGCCGGGUGGUGCCCCCCAAAAACGGGACCCCCCCCCAGGAGGGCACCGUCUGCGCCUGCGAGCACCUGACGAGCUUCGCUGUCCUGCUGGCCUUCAACGAGAUCCAGGACCACUGUCUGCUGGACCUGGUGACGCGGGUGGCCCUGAGGGUGUCACUGAUGACGUCACUGAUGUCACUGAUGUCACUGAUGUCACUGAUGACAUCACUGAUGAUAUCGCUGAUGAUGUCACUGAUGAUGUCACUGAUGAUGUCGCUGAUGUCACUGAUGACGUCACUGUCCCUCCAGGACCACUGGCUGCUGGACCUGGAUCACUGGCUGCUGGACCUGGUGACGCGGGUGGCCCUGGCCGUGUCCGUGGUGGCCCUGGGGGUGUCACUGAUGACAUCACUGAUGAUGUCACUGAUGAUGUCACUGUCCCCCCAGGAUCACUGGCUGCUGGACCUGGUGUCCUGCACGGUGACAGCGGUGACCCUGCACCUGUCGUACCUGUCUGCGUUCUGCUGGAUGGCGCUGCAGGGGGUGUCCUGUGUGGUGACAGCGGGUGCACCUGUGUACCUGACCUGUGUGUACCUGUUUCCAUCCCAGUCCCUCCCAGUUCACCCAGUUCCAUCCCCAGUUGCUGGCUGUCUCUCGAGCGCGGUUUCCGCUGGAGCUUCCGGGCCCGUCAUCGUCAUCACCGCCGCCAACGCCGCCAUCCUCGUUGUCACCCUCUGGAAGUUGGUGCAGAAAUUCCACGAGGUCACCCCGGACAUGGGGACCCUGCGCCGGGCACGGGUGCUGUGGGUGACGUCACUGGGCCAGCUCUCCCUGCUGGGCUCUGGUUGGGCGCUGGGCGUGCGCGCCUGGUACCGUAACACCGGCGUGACUCGGAGUUCACCAGUCACACCAGUAACACCAGUAACCCCACCAGUCACACCAGUAUGGGCCGGGCGAGGGGCUCCCAGUCACACCAGUAACACCAGGUGA